UCGAAUUAACUAGAAAUCUUUACAAUAAGUGACAAAUUCGGGUGUUACAUGCGGUUUUUCUGCAGACGAACUCUUUUGUCAGAAGGCUCGUUCACACUAUAACUUCCGGUUUACCGACAGAUGCACGCGGAAAAACGUCAAAAAGAUGUCAGACCAACUUGCUUUAAAGGAGGAAGGAAAUAAGCUCUUCAAGGCUGGAGACCUGGUCGCUGCUCUCACAUGUUACACGAAAGCUUUAGAAAUCUCCGACCUGAAAGAUGCAGACAAAGCUGCAAUUUACAAAAACAUGGCAGCUUGUCAUUUAAAACAGGAGAAAUAUGAAGAAGCUGUAGAGGACGCAACUGCAGCCUUAGAAGUCAUCAACAAUGAUCCUAAGGCUCUUUACCGGAGAUGUCAGGCUUACGAAAAGCUCGGUAAGGUCGAGGAAGCUUACAAAGACGCUGGAGCGUUGGUCAACAUUGACCCAAAGAAUACGGCCAUCCAUCCCAUUCUAGGUCGACUGACACCUUUAAUUCAGGAAAAGGUCAAGCAGCAAAAUAGCACAUCAGCCAAGGUUUCACAGAUGUUCAAUCUAGCAUUCGACCUGACCAGUGACGAUGAGAAAAAACUUCAGGCUCUAAACAACCUUGUGGUACUGGCCCGGGAUGAGGCUGGAGCUAAAUUUAUCUGUGACCAGUCAGGCGUACAGAAGUUAAAGACCCUGUUAGAGGCACGGAACCUCGCAGUAAUUCAGUCAGCUGUCCGGGUACUCUCCUGCAUAUGCAAUAACUCAGAAUCAAGGUCCUGGUCGGUAUCAAAGGAGAUUGGCGUGAAGAGGCUAGGAUUAUUGAUGUGGGAGGCGAGCGAAGCCUUAGCGACAUCAACGGGAAAGUUGAUUGAGACGAUGUUAGUUAAGAUCACUGGCCUGGAUAUUCUUCGAAAAGCAGAAGAGGAUUACCAAGCCAAGAGGAAAAUAGGGGAACCCUGUCGACGACCAAAACUGGAGCUAGUUGAAAACCAACGCGAAUAUUUGAUGGAGACAUUUCACAUGCUGAUCAAGAUGCUACAGAACUACAAAGUGUCCGGGGAGGGACGUGAUGCCGCCAUGGAACUCCUCAUGAAAAACAUGCUCCGUAAGAAUGGCCUCCAAUGGACAAGGGACUUCUUGGAAACAGAAGGUCUAGAAGGGCUGUUAGCAGUGGCUGGAGCUAUCAAACAGCAUGAGACACUGCCUGUAACGGAGAAUUCCAAGAUGCACGCCGCUGUGGCCCUGUCCAACAUAUAUGACGACCUCUACAGUGACAAAGAGGUUGACAAGUUCAAAUCAAAGUGCAGUGAAUACUUUAAAGAUUUGUUCAGCGAUGAAAUAUUUGAAUCCAAGAUUGAAGCCAUAAAAGCCGUUUCUACUUUACUCCAGGGUCCUUACGAGGUUGGCAGUAUGAUACUAAGUUUUGAAGGAGUCACCAAAAUCAUGUUUGCCAUGGCUGAUAGCAGCAACGUCCUCCACCAGCAAAUUGCUGUAGAAGCCAUCGUCCACUCGGCUCAGAAACAGAAGAAGUGUAACAGCCUCCUGGCAGGCGCCGUGCCGAUUCUGAAGAACUUGUACGAAACCGCAGAUGACUCCAUCAAAGUGCGAGCCCUGGUGGGUCUCUGUAAGCUGGGGACAUCAGGAGGAACAGAUGCCAGCAAUAAGCCAAUGGCUGAGGGAUCAACUUUAGCCAUGGCCAAGUCAUGCCGACGAUUUUUGAACAACCCCAAUAAGGAUGUAGAUCUGCGACGAUGGGCGACAGAGGGUCUCGCCUUCCUCACACUAGACGCGGAUGUGAAGGAAGAUCUCGUCGGCGACACAAGCGCCUUAAAGUCACUUGUAGACGUCACAGCUAAAGCGGAGAAAAAUAUCCUCUAUCCAGCCUCAACAGUUUUUGUGAAUAUCACUAACAGCUAUGAACAGAAGGAAAUCGUUCCGGAAAUGAUUGAGCUAGCUAAAUACGCCAAACAGCAUGUACCUGAAGAACACGAAAAGGACAAGCCGGAGUUUGUGAAGAAGCGUGUGACGGCUUUGGCAAAUGCUGGAGUGGUGACAGCCCUGGUCGCCCUCAGUAAUGCAGAAAGUAAAAACACAAGAGAGCAACUAUCAAGGGUUUUCCUGUCACUGACAAAUGAGGAAGAUCUGAGGGGUUUAGUUGUGGCACAGGGGGGAGCUAAGGCAUUGCGGAGUCUGGCCAUGGAGAACAACACGGACAAGGGCCAGCCCCUGGCAGCCCAAGCACUCGCCAAAAUUACCAUAACAAUGAACCCAGAAACCACCUUCCCUGGCCAACGGAUGUACGAGCUUGUCCGGCCUUUGUUGAAUCUCCUCCAUAUUGACUGUACUGCGCUACAGAACUUUGAAGGUCUGAUGGCUCUUACAAACCUGUCCUCAAUCAGCGACUCUCUCAGAAAGCGUAUUGUUGCGGAGAAAGGUGUUCCCAUAAUUGAGAACUACAUGACGGAGGAACAUGAAAUGUUGUCACGAGCGGCCACAGAAUGCAUGUGUAACAUGGUGAUGAAUGAGGAUGUAGUGAAGAUGUACGAGAAGGAAAAUGACAGAACCAAGCUGAUGACGCUGUAUUGUGCGGAUGAAGACCCGCUUGUUGUGAAGGCUGCAUCAGGUGCUCUAGCCAUACUCACACACAGUCCAAUCGUCUGUAAAAAAGUUUCACAGGUUCAAUCCUGGUACGAGAUCCUCCAGAGUCUGGUGGUCGAGGAGUCCAUUGAAGUCCAACACAGGGGCUGCUACAUUGUAAUGAACUUGAUGUGUGCCGAUAAAGACAUUGCUGCCAAGCUUGUCGAGGGACAGAUGCUGGAAAUACUAAUGGCUCUCAGUAUUUUAGAAGACCCCACCCGCCUCCAGGCCCGUGAUUGUGUGAAAACAGCUUUGGAAAAAGCAGUGGAGUAUGAACUCAUUCAGGCUUUACCAAAUGCAAAAAAGUCCUGAAAAAUAUCCUCAUUCAGAAUUGGGUGAAUUCAUGAUUGGAUAUGAAAUGUUCAAAACAAUAGAUGUUUCCCAACUUUUCCCAUUCGAUGGAAAAAGAUCGGAACUUGUGAGGAAGUGUUUGCAUGAACCAUUGUGAGGUGAAUACAUUGUAGAGAUCAUUGACAGACAUCAAAUAUUCCUGCCAUAUCAAAUGAAAAGGGUCAGAUGCUACUUAUUUUGAUUGACGAUAGAUUCCUUACUUUUCCGUCUGUGUUGAUUGCUUGAAUAAAAAAAAAAGGUGAGUUAAGCGAACAAUGAAAAUUUCUCAAUGCUUUGUCUUUCUAGAAAAGAUAAUUACCCGCCCACCUACCCCGCUACAUGUACAAAAUAACGCUAACUGUUAGAUCAGUUUAGCCUAGUUAAGUCCUUGUCCUUUGCCUCUACAUGUCGGUAUACAACUUUUGACCAACAGAUCAACGCAAAGGUCAUGUUCACAGGUCAUAAGUUUAAUCCAUAGGCCAUAAUAAAUUCAACUCAUGGGUCAUAAGUUCAAUCCACAAGUCUUAAGUUCAAACCUUUGGUCAAAAGUUCAAAUUACAAGUCAAAGCUUCAGCCAACAGGCCAUAAGUUCAAUCCAUAGGUCAUAAGUUCAUCCCAUAUGCCAGAAGUUCAACCAACAGGUCGUAAGGUUAAACCACAAGUCAUAAAUUUAACCCACUGGUUGCAAGUUUAACCCAUAGAUCACAAGUUCAAACCAAAGGUCACAAGUUCAAACCACAUGUCAUAAAUUCAACCCAUAGGCCAGACGUUCAAGAGUUGAGCUCAUAGGACAGGAAGAUGAAGGAAAUUUUAUCUCACAAGUUCCUGAAUUCAUCUGGCAUGUAUGAAGCUAUAAAUAGUGAUGAAAGCCCAUUUUGUAAUCUAUCAGAAAACACCUCUAGUUAAAUAGUAUUUUUGUCUCGGUCAUUCUGAAUGGUUGACUGGUAUCGUGAUGAAUAUCCUGUUUCAUAUUAGAGCAAGUAGAGCGUGUUCAUCGUCUUUUACUAGGAAUUAGAUUAAGUCUGUGCUUUUACCAACUGUCGGACGUUAAACUAAAUUGUUUUGCAAUUUGAGUGUGCAGUAUGUUUGCAAUAUAUUUUUGUUAAUUUUUAUUUACUUGUCCAAUUAUGUACAAGAAAUAUCCUCCCGUGUGAAAUGAAAACAAGAUGUCUUCCAUAUUACCUGUAUUAUCCUGUUACUGAAUAUAGAGAAAUAUUAACCCAAGUUUCUCUUUCGCCUGUGUUUUACCCUCUGUAAUGAGGGUGAGUUUAUCAUGACAGUAAAAUUGAUACACACCAUACUAGAUAUAGUUAUUACACGAGAAGGGCGAAAAUAACACCGGGUGAACAUGAAUUUUACUUGUGAAGCGUAAACGUUCCACUGCGAAAAAGUUUCCCGGUAUACAGUUAUCAAACUUCACUCAACGGUUGUUGUAUUGGAAAAGAAAUAUAUCUAUCUCUCUAACAGUACAGACUGAAACAUUGGUCCAAGUGCCAAAAAUAUGUUUUUGAAAUAUCAAAACUUUUGGGAAGUACUGAAUUACUUACAUUUUCCUUCACAUGGACCAAGUCCUCCCAGUGUUGAUACCCAAAGAAUUUAAUCAAUAAUUUGCGUAAAGGUAAUUUUCAGAAAACCAAACCAUGAAUAGAAGUGAUUCAUUUUGAGGUCAGGACAAUAUUUUUACUGGAAUAGUACUCAUCAUAACAACCGUGUUUUAAAUUAUGUUGUGAACUUAAAGAUAAGUUAAAGAAAAAGUAUAUUUGUUAAUAGUUUGUACAAAAUACAUUUAUUUAUUUAUGGACUAUUAUGUACAAAAAUUGUUAUUUUAUUGAAAUAGGCAAAAUUGAAAAACAUUUAAGUAAUCAUAUGAGAUGAUUGCAAAUAUUUUGCUAGGAAACCAUUUUUUAGCAGAGCUGUUUAAGAUGGUUUUGGAUUAAUUGUGUGUUAAUUGUCUCUUAUAGUGCAAACUGAAAGUUGUCAUUUGCUUUUGGUUUGAUUAAGAAAAACACUUUCUAUAACAAACUAUGUACCAUUUGGUAUGUACAUAUCAUUAACCCCUAAGUCACAUUUAAACCUUACCAAAUCAAAGACUGGACAAGUCCAGUUUAAGUAUGAAGGGGUGAAUGAGCAAAGUGGUGGAGGCAUUGGUACAUACUUCAUGUAUUUACGACUGUUGCUUUACGUCAAAACAUGUAUCCAACAUUAUCGUAAACAUUCUGUUCAUCGUUACGAUAAUUUAAUUCCUAAUUGCUAGUGGUAUGAUACAGAACAUAAAGUUAUUGAAAUCAUGAGUUGCCUCCCUUACGAGCAGCAGUCACGAAAUCCUUGUAUGGUAUAAUAACCAUAUUAGAAGGAUACUUUUGCAUAGGUGUCAACCUCUGAAACCUCAAAUGUCCAAUGAGGGGGAAAGCGCAUGAAACACGACUUAAACUGCUUUGCUCAAUUUAUCUUUCCCUUUUUAUGUAUCAAAAAGCUCAAAAUAGCAUACAUUUGAUUCAGACACACCUGUUAUGAUCAUUACACACACCCUGUAGUAACUAGACCAUUUGACCACAGGAUGUAGAUUUUGAUUUUGGUAGUUUGGACUCGAAUGAGAGAUUUCGAGGGAGAUUGGUAAAUUUUGGUCGAAAUGAGGGAGGGUUGACAGCUAUGCUUUUGUCACGAAAUGUAAAAUGGGUAUCACAAGCAUUGCUUAAGUUAUGAAGACAUCAUAACUUUAGCUAAGGAAUGUGUUACUGGUACUAGAUUUUGAAAUGUUAAGAUUUCGGAAAAUGAAAGAAACAUUAACAAAUACCAAACUAUACAAUUUUACGUUUUCCUAAAUAAAUAUGCAGUGGAUGUUUGUUUUUGUUUAACCCAGGGAACUGGCUUAAUAUUGUACAUUUAUUUAAUCCCAGGAAACUGGCUUUCCGGUCAUUUGUACUUGUGGUAUUCUCGAUUCUCUAAUAUAUGGGGAGAGGGAUGUUAUUUUUACCCCUUAUCAAUAUUUUUUCUUGGGGCCUACUAUGCAAAAGGUAAGAAAUAUUUUGACACUACUAUCCUUAUAUUACCAAGUAUAAGGUAUAGAUGUCCUGUACCCGCUACCCCACCUCCCCCCAUAUAAUUGUAUCUAGACUAGCCCUCCAAGACAUACCGAGAGUACCAGGUAAUUCAUGGUACCUAUGGUUACCAAGUAUAAGGUAUAG